AGCGGGUGCAGGAUGCUGAUGCUGAACUGGCCAAGCUGGAAGGAAAGAAGAAAGGGAGGGGAGGGGAGAAUCGAGGACGGACGGCCUAGCCAGGCCAAGAAUGCAAUUGCCCUGGUGGUGGGAGCUGGGAGACCCUUGUGCUUGGACGGGACAGGGUCGGGGGACACGCAGGAUGAGCCCCGCGACCACUGGCACCUUCUUGCUGACAGCUUUUUUAUUAAGCUGUGCUGAUGGCAUAAAUGGAACAGUUAACUGGAAGACCAAACAGGCCAGCAAUUUUAUUAUCAGCAGAAAAAUGACUCCUGGGAAGAAAGAUGUGUACACUGUUUUCUCAAAGGUGCGUUCUGAUUGGGAUGUGUACCCAUCUGCGGGUGUCCUCUUUGUUCAUGUUUUGGAAAGAGAGUGUUUUAAGGGGGAAUUUCCACCUUACCCCAAACCUGGUGAGAUCAGUAAUGAUCCCAUAACAUUUAAUACAAAUUUAAUGGGUUAUCCAGACCGACCUGGAUGGCUUCGAUAUAUCCAAAGGACACCAUAUAGUGAUGGAGUCCUAUAUGGGUCUCCAACAGCUGAAAAUGUGGGGAAACCAACAAUUAUUGAGAUAACUGCCUACAAUAGGCGUACCUUUGAGACUGCAAGGCAUAAUUUGAUAAUUAAUAUAAUGUCAGCAGAAGACUUCCCGUUACCAUAUCAAGCAGAAUUCUUCAUUAAAAAUAUGAAUGUAGAAGAAAUGUUGGCCAGUGAGGUUCUUGGAGACUUUCUCGGGGCAGUGAAAAAUGUCUGGCAGCCAGAGCGUCUCAAUGCCAUAAACAUCACGUCAGCCCUAGACAGGGGCGGCAGGGUCCCGCUCCCCAUUAAUGACAUGAAGGAGGGAUAUGCACAGAACAAGGUGGAGUGGGGACAGAAGCAAGAAUCAUGUGUUUAUGUCAUGGUUGGUGCCGAUGUCCCAUUUUCUUCUUGUUUACGAGAGGUUGAAAAUCCACAGAAUCAAUUGAGAUGCAGCCAAGAAAUGGAGCCGGUAAUAACAUGUGACAAAAAGUUUCGUACUCAAUUCUACAUAGACUGGUGCAAAAUUUCUUUGGUUGAUAAAACAAAGCAAGUGUCCACCUAUCAGGAAGUGAUUCGUGGAGAGGGGAUUUUACCUGAUGGUGGAGAAUACAAACCCCCUUCCGAUUCUUUGAAAAGCAGAGACUAUUACACGGAUUUCCUAAUUACACUGGCUGUGCCCUCGGCAGUAGCAUUGGUCCUUUUUCUAAUACUUGCUUAUAUCAUGUGCUGCCGACGGGAAGGAGUGGAAAAGAGAAACAUGCAAACACCAGAAACAGAUGAAAAGAACUUUCAUACACGUUUUCCUGAAUCUACAGUAAUAACCUACCAUAAAAUGAAACUUCUUAUCCAACUGGUCCAUCAUAGUGCUAUUCAAAAAUCUACCAAAGAACUUCGUGACAUGUCCAAGAAUAGAGAGAUAGCCUGGCCCCUGUCAACGCUUCCUGUGUUUCACCCUGUAACUGGGGAAAUCAUGCCUCCCCUACAUGCAGACAAUUAUGAGAGCACUAGUAUGCCAUUGAUGCAAACGCAGCAGAACUUGCCACAUCAGACUCAGAUUCCCCAACAGCAGACUACAGGAGAUUUCCGUUUGACAACUUUUCAAAGAUUUGAGGUAAAUGGUAUUCCUGAAGAAAGGAAACUUACUGAAGCAAUGGACUUGUAAUCAGGCAACACAGCAGUUACAUCUUAUUUCUUCCCUCUUCCAAUAAUGCAUGAGCUUUUCUGGCAUAUGGUGUGCAUGUCGACAGUAUUAAGUAUAUACCAAAUAAUACGUAUAACUUUAAUUUUACUAAGGUAUUUUUUUUGUACUUAAAGCAUUUUUGACAAUUUGUAAAACAAUGAUGACUUUAUAUUUGUUACAAUAAAAAGUGAUCUUUAAAAUAAAAAAUUAUUAAUGAA